UAUCGUGAGGCAUACCGGAGCUACAGGAUACUAAAGCCUCCGCAACCUGACAGUAACAUGGAGCCACUGAGGAAUGGAGGCAAGAACAGCCAGAAACCCCCGGAUGAUGACCCAUCAGAGAUUUUCCUCCCUUCACCUGCGGGGAGGAAGAUGGAGAAGAACAACCUGCCAUGCAGAACCAUUACCAUUGUAGUGAUUGUUGUAACCAUAUUAGCAGCAUUGCUUGCGCUAACCAUAGGAUUGCUAGUGUGGCACUUUCAUUUGAGGACAGAGAGCAGAGUAAAGAAGGUUAUCAGUGGUUCCAUGACAAUCUCCAAUCAGAGAUUCUCAGACAGUUAUGAGGACUCUAACAGUAGGCAGUUCAAAGAGCUGGCCUUGCGGGUCUCAGAGCAAAUGAAAGGUAUAUACAGUCAUUCCCCAGUACUGUCCAAAUAUUAUGUCAAGUCCAGUGUUCAAGCCUUCAGUGAAUCCAGUGAUAACAACGUCAUAGCCUACUACCUCUCGGAGUUCAGUGUGCCAGUGGCUCAGUCAUCUGCUGUGGAUAAGGCCAUCAACUCCCCUGAGGAAGCUGUGGGGCCCAAGCAAGGCCGCAUGAGGUUGAGUCUGGGCCGUAAGCCUGGCAGCAUCCUGGUUAUCGACAAAAUGAUGUCUGGAGCUGUGGAUGCUCGGCUUGUUAAUGCCACUUCUAGACGUCACUAUAAGAAUGCUCACCACUCCCAUAUGGGAGAGUUAGGCACCAUCGAGUCCCCAGGCUUUCCUAAUUUUCACUACCCUCCAAACGUCUAUGUUGAGUGGCAGCUCCGUGCUGACCCUGCUCACAGAAUCAGAUUGGAGUUCACAGCCCUCCACCUGGAGAAAGACUGCAACAACGAUUUCAUCAAAAUAUAUGAUUCUCUAGUCCCUACUGAGAAGCAGGUCAUUGCAGAGAAGUGUGGAUACUACACCCCCAAUGAGCAGCUGAUUUACCUUUCCUCUGGAAAUGUCAUGUUAGUUACACUGGUCACUAACAGAGAGAAGAAUUUCCCAGGGUUCAGGGCGACAUACUCCCAAGUCCCUGUAAAAUCCCAAGAGUGUGGGGGGAAACUAACAGGAAUGAAUGGCACAUUCACCUCUCCUGGCUUUCCUUCACGCUAUCCUCCUCAGAUCCAGUGCGUUUGGGACAUUGAGGUUCCAGCAGGAAAGCAUGUCAAAGUGAAGUUUAGCAAGUUUUCUCUGCAUGAGCCACAACAGAACUCGCACCACUGUACCAAAGACUACUUGGAGAUAAACAACAACAGGAUGUGUGGAGAAAAAUCCACGAGCACAGUCCACUCCAGCAGGACCAACCAGAUAACGGUCAAAUUCUACUCCGACAUGUCCUAUGUGGACCAGGGCUUCUCGGCAGAGUUUGAGGCCUUUGAGCCCAAUGAUCCUUGUCCUGGGAAAUUCCAGUGUGACAAUGAUGUCUGUGUUAACCCUAAGCUGAAGUGUGAUGGCUACGAUGACUGUGGAGACAUGAGUGAUGAGAAGAACUGUGUCUGUGAGGAGUUUCACGUCAAAUGUAGGAACGGCUUCUGCAAGCCCAAAUUCUGGCACUGUGAUGGGGUGAAUGACUGUGGUGACAACACAGAUGAGGAGAACUGCGGACACUGUAAAGCUGGAGAAGUUGCCUGUCGAAAUGGCCGCUGUGUCCCUGAAUACAAGAAGUGUGAUGGCCAUAAUGACUGUGGUGAUGGCACAGAUGAAUCCGAGUGCCCCAAAUCCGUAGUUCUCAGGUGCUCCGAGUACACCUACAAAUGUAAGAAUAACACGUGCAUUAGUAAGCAGAACCCUCAGUGUGAUGGGGAGCAAGACUGUGAGGACGGUUCAGAUGAAGCAGACUGUGAGUGUGGUACGAGACCCUACAAAAGUUCCCGGAUUGUGGGUGGUGAAGAAUCAAGUGAAGGCGAGUGGCCCUGGCAGGUCAGCCUUCACAUGAAAGGGCAGGGUCACGUGUGCGGAGCCUCUGUAAUCAGCAACCUCUGGCUAGUCACUGCUGCCCAUUGUGUACAAGACACUGAAAAGUUAAUGUAUUCUCAACCGGGCCAGUGGGAGGCCUACCUGGGGCUACUCACUCAGGGUAAAGCCAGUACUUCGACAGUACAGAAGAGUGUGAAGCAGAUCAUCUCACAUCCUGAGUACAAUCCCAAGACCUAUGAUAAUGAUAUUGCCCUGAUGGAGCUGGACAGCCCAGUUAAUUUCAACCAGAAUAUCUGGCCUAUCUGCCUACCUGCAGCCUCACAUGAGUUCUCUGCAGGCCAGGCUGUGUGGAUUACAGGCUGGGGCACAACCAGAGAGGACGGAAGUUUAGCAUCAGUGCUGCAGAAAGCAGAGGUCCGCAUCAUCAAUGACACAGUGUGCAAUCAGCUGAUGAAUGAUGAGAUCACUCCACGCAUGAUCUGUGCUGGAGUUCUGGCUGGAGGAGUGGACGCCUGCCAGGGCGACUCAGGUGGGCCAAUGUCCUCUGUAGACCCAGACAGCGGGCGUUUGUUUCUAGCUGGAGUGGUCAGCUGGGGGGAUGGCUGUGGCCGAAAGAACAGGCCUGGUGUUUACACUCGGGUCACAAAAUAUCGCAGCUGGAUCCAAGAGGAGUCUGGGGUAUAGAGGCAUAGGGUGUUUUUUCAUCUCUAACAUCCUACUUCGAGAGCUUGGCUUGAGACCAGCGAAGUCCGAAUUCAUGUGUGGAAACUUCAGCACUCAAACUCUGGGUCCAUUAUUAGGUUAUUUAUAACUACAAUGCAACCAAUAUAAUAAUAAUCUGUAUUUAAGAGAAUUGAAUUAUGGGCCCACAUGUUAAUGCAGGGGUGCCCAGUCCUAAUACUGGAAAUCCACCAGUUCCAACACACCUGGCUCUAAUGUUCAGAUGCCCCUAAAGGCCUUCAUUACCUCGAUCAAGUGUGUUAGAUUAGGAUUGUAGCCAAAUUCUGCAGGGUGGUGGAUCUCCAGGACCAGGAUUGGGCACCCCUGUGUUAACUUAAUCUGAAUCCAAAAAGGAAGUAUUGAAUAUGUUUGAAUUAUGUUUUGUUUGUUAGGAAUUGUUAGUGAUAAUGUUCAACAGUGAUUACUAAUUCUGUCAUUUUUAUUAUUUCAUUUUAAGUUAAUUUCUGGGCUUUGAUUACUUCUGAUGAUUUCCCUAAGGUGAGAUUUGUAAAUAUAUUUACAUCACUUUUUUGGAGGGGGGGGGGGUGCUGUUGCCCUUGUUAUGUUUUUGUUUGUAUGCAAUUUUUAAAGUGUAUGCAUGUAUGAUUAAAAAGAACUGUUUACA